UGUGUCAGUGCAGUUUUAGGAGAGGUUACACCAACAUCAAGCAGAUUACUCAAGGAGUUUUGGAGUAGAAGAAGAGAAAGAAAAUAAACAAUACUUGCAGGAAUUAGAGGACCUUCCACCGAUGGACAGCUCAAAAAAGAAAGAGAAGGAAGAAAGGAAAGGAGAGAUGGAUUAACUUUGACUCAACUUUGGUGGAAGUAGGGAAGUUGUGUGACGACUUUGGGGAAAAUCGAAUGGAAUCAGGCAGUUACCUGAGGCACAGAUCUGAAGUUGUGGUCCCACACAGUGAAUAUCAGCCCUGCCAAUCACUGUGUGUGUUAGUGAGGAUCCCGGCUGUGCUCAGUAUCACGGCGUACUUAGAACACUAGUAUGAGCGGUUGUUCUGGGCUUUAAGACACCUGCGCACACGGUGUGAUAACAUAUAGCUCUUUGUUAGGGAUCAUUCUGGACUUCUGAGCCGUUUCAGCAAGUUCCUACUAUACAUGGUUUUCAGUGUUUUAGAGCAGAACCUUGUAAUAUUUCAUACAUAGAUGUGCGGUAUCCAAUCUCAACUUCAAUUCCAUGUCAGAUUGGUUAUAGAUUUGGUUAUAUGACGCAAAACACAUCAUUAAUCGCCUACCUGUACUUCCAUUAUUGCGUGCAGCCCUUUCUAUAGUCGCGCAAAUGUGGUCGUUUAACUUCUUAUAGUCUGAAUACUCAAUUUAAAUCUGGUGAAAACAGUUUGCAGAUUAGAAAGCGCAUUGAUUUAUAAUUGUUUCAGUGAGCCAGAGUCUGGUUGCGGUAUCACAGUGUCUUUCUGGUACCGAGGUGUGCGUUAUGACGAGGUGAAUGUCAGCAGGCUCUGCCUCACCACGAAAGAGAAAAACAAACUCACAAAGGUGUGAGGAGAACAACAAGAAUUUCAUUAGCGAAAGCUUUUGUGGGAUUCAAAUCUGUGAUGUGGUUAGCCGGCUACCGUUUCAGAUAUAAACACAACAGCCUUCUGCAUAACAAGUAUGAUAUUAUCUAAAAGUGACUAUUCCAUUAGUGUUUGCAACAUUUGAGCUUAGUCUUUGAGUGCUAAUAAGUGUUUUGACGGCAAAGUUAAGUGUGGAAAUUGCCACACGAUAGGAUUUUCUUUUCACUCUUAAACAUGGAGGAUUGUUUUAAUUAGCCGCCUUCGGUUGGUUGUUAUCGCAUGUGAUAUUAGUUGCUUGAGGAUUAAAACGCAGCCGCUAAAGUGAUUUAGUUAACCCUGCACUUAAAGAGCACUGGUGUUUAGUGUAGUAAUUUUGCUGCGGUUUCAGCUGUGUAGCGUGUGCUGAAUUGUGCAGUCAUCAACCACAGAGGCCUCAUUGAUCAGCUACCGAGCCUCAAUACACAAUGAGACGAGGCCAGCGAUCUCUCCUCCUCUCCUCCACUCCAUCCCUCCUGCUGCGAUCCCUCGUUCUGCUCUCCCUCUGCCCGCGGGGGCAGGCCGUGCAGGCUGAGAACGUGACCGUGCUGGAGGGGGGGACGGCACAGAUCUCCUGUCGUCUCCAGAACUAUGACGGCUCAAUCGUGGUCAUCCAGAACCCACGCAGACAAACACUCUUCUUCAAUGGAACUCGAGCACUGAAAGACGACCGUUUUCAGAUGGUUCUUUUCACGCCGCGCCUGGUGCGGAUCACGUUGACUAAUGUAAGUGUAUCUGACGAGGGCGGCUACUUCUGUCAGCUCUACACCGAUGACACACACCACCAGGUGGCGACGCUGUCGGUGGUGGUACCCCCGGAGGUCCCUACAGUGGAGGUGAAGACAGAGGCAGUGGAGGGUGGAGAGGUGGAACUCACAUGCUUGUCCCCGCGGAGCAAACCACCAGCCACACUGCGCUGGGUUCGAGACCGCCGAGAAAUUGCAGGUGUGAUCUCUCAGCAGGAGAACGGCAAGACUGUGAGUGUUUCCAACACUAUCCGUAUCCCCGUGGAGAGGAAAGAUAACGGAGCGGCGCUGAGCUGUGAGGCAUCUCACCCGGCACUCGUGGGGCAGAAGCGAGUUCGUCACUACAGCCUGGACGUUCACUUUGCUCCUACGGUGAAAAUCAUUCCCCCUCAGGGCAUCCUCCGAGAGGGAGACUCCCUCAGUCUCACCUGCUCUGUUACCGGCAACCCACUACCACGUGACAUUCAGUGGUCACGAGUGAACGACACUCUUCCUGAGAGGGCGGAGAAAACGGGCAACAUUCUCCAAAUGUCUCGCCUCAGCCAAUCACACAAUGGCACCUACCUCUGUCAGGCCCAUAAUAAUUACGGCCGUGCAGCCGACCACUACACACUGCUGGUGUAUGUGUCUAUCCCUCCCAACUCUCAUCCUGCCAUCGCUCACAACACCCUUCCAUCCUCCAGAUUUACAAAGGAAUACCAAGACCCUGGAGCAGUGGUAGAAACCCACAGUGCUGUUCCGUAUGCAGUGAUUGGGGGCAUCCUGGCUCUGCUGGUCUUCACUGUCAUCUGUGUGCUCAUCGUCACCAUCUGGUGCUCCGUCCGACAGAAAGGUUCAUAUUUGACUCACGAGGCCAGUGGGUUGGAUGAACACGGUGAAGUACAGGAGGCGUUCCUCAAUGGCAAUGAUGCCAGCCAGGGCAAGAAGGAGUACCUACUGUAGCGCCGCCCUAGUGGAGCUCUUCAGAAACACUGGACCGCUGCAGAGUGCACACCGCAACACACACUGUUCCCAAACAGACCUACACACCACCACAACGACAACCAGAGGGAAUCACAAUCGUGCCAUAUGAAGUUGUAGUGGGAAGGAGAGGACGGAGACAAUAAUGGAGCGGGGUGGAGAGCGAAAGAGCAGAGAGGAGAGGAUAAUUAUUAUGACUGAAAGAGACCAUCACACACACUCUUUCUGUUUUUACUUGCUUGUACAAUAGACAACUAGCCAUAAUUGUAGGACCAGGAGAGAAAAGUGUCCAUUCAAAACAGGCCGAUCCAUAACUGGGUGAAACAGCGUCUCUGUGGGAAGCCGCAAAGAGCUUAUGAGCUAUUGAAUGUCCCAACGUGAGCAAAUUUUAAUUCCCUGCAUUUGCCAAAGCAUUUGGGCCUCAGAGACUGAGCUGGUAGACAAUAAAUCCACCAUUGACAGAGCUGAGAGCUCAGAGCCGUCCUCAUAAAGUAUUCAUCUGCGCUUUUCAUCUGGCGACUCCAUUAUCUGCUCAUGUUGGCCAAAACCUGUUGACUUUUGAAGAAAAGUUUCUCCCAUUUUGAUCCUCUCUCUGUGACUCUCUGUUUCCCGCUCUCCAAUGCUCCUUCCUCUCCCUCCUCUAUCUCUCCACUAUUGUUUGUUAAUAAUUAAGGGAUCAGACAUGUUCUCUUUUAUGAGAGGAAUGAAUUGGAGCAGACUGCUCACUCUGGCGCUGUAAAAAGGGGCUUAAUUAAGAGACACUGGAAAACGUGAAACUAUGAGUUGCUCGACUUGGGUGAGAAAAAAACAGGUAGGGAGUUUGUAGAGAACAUGUCAGAAAUUUCAAUGGGUUUUUUUCUUUUUCUUUUUUGAUUGCUCAACACAAAAACACUUACACAAUGAAACAUAUCUCUAAAGUCAUUAUUUGUAUGAAAGUCUACAAAGUAAGUUAAAUGACUCUUUUAAGAAAAAAAAAUAAAAAAUUACUUUUGCCACAUUACCAAGCGAUGCUAUCGUACUAACACAGAAUAUUAGCUUAGAGCUGCAAAACUGAACAAACUACUGUUACGUCAUCUUUAAAAAAAAAAAAUCAAAAUUCAAAAAAAUAUAUAUAUUUUGUUUGUCUUUAAAAGAUAUCAGAAGUCUUAAUUGUUUUUAUGAAUUAUUAUUUGGACUAUUAUGAUCGUUGUUAUUAUUAUUAUUAUUAUUCUUACUGUUAUUAUAAUUGUAAAUGUUAUAAAUUGUAUACUUCCCAUGCUUUAGUUUUACUAGUAGAAACAGCCGUGUACCCACUUUUCUCUUUCCUCUUUCAUUCUCUUCGGUCCUUCUUGAUCCUCUUUGUGUCUUUCCUUCUAGUUGUCCGUCUCUUCUUCGUCUUUCACUUCCUGUUUAUUUUGUAGUCUUUGAGUCGCUGUUGAUAUAGCUAACUGUACAUCUUUAUAGGGGAAAGAUACCAAGCACGACAAAAUAAUAAAUACUGAAAGAAU